GGCCACAUGAUGCAGGUGGGCUUUCUAAAUGUGCGAGCAAAUAACGCUGCUUCGUCUGCUGGUGCACCAGCUGCACCGUCCAGCAUGAGACCACCCAGGAUCGGCGCUUCAUCCUCUUCUUCGUCUGCUGCCUUUGGUUCAUCGAAAAAUGCUUUUCUCGCCGACGCAGUAGAGGCGCACAAUAUCAUGACGAGGAAACAACAACUACAAGCCAAUGACACCAAGAAGAAAAGCAGCAAGCAGGCUGCACUAUCACAAGUGGUAAAAAUCUCCAAAGAAGAUCUAGCUAUUGCGGCAGGUGAUCUAGUAGGCCAGCAGCAACUUCCACCACCCAAGGGUACUGGCAGGGACGUAGCAAAUAAGGGGAAGAUGGUCGUGCAAAAUCAAGGCCGAAAUAGAAAUCAGCGGUCGAACAAAAAUAAGAUGAGCCUCCACGAGCAAAGUGAAGAAGAAUUCUCCGGAAUGGACGACAUGAUGGUACUUGAGAACAAAUUUGCCCCGCAGAUGGGCAAUAAUUUCACAGAAAACCACGCCGCGAAACAGGUUUUGCAAGGCCAAGGGGGCCAAACCUCUUCGCUCCUGAGCGAUCCGUUCAACACAACCGAUCUGGUUCUCGGGAACAGUCCAGCUCCUGGGGGUGCAGCUUCGAGUCGACAGCGAGUGGCAACACAACCAGACCCAAAUCUCGAAGACAAUAAUUCGACAUUGGUUUUUGAUCGCGGAGGAGCCUCGUCGUUUUCUAAAAAACGUGCUCUUGGACAAGGUGAACAGGAUCAGGAUUUGUACGGUGACGAUAUGUACGACGACGAUAUCUACGAUUACGACGACGAUUUUGAACAAGCUCAACGGGUCGUGAAAAAUUCUGUUCCGGCACAGAACCUCAAAAGGCAGAAACAGGGCCCCCGUGGAGGUCGGAAUGGAGCUGCUGCCAAAAAGAGCAGGUAUGACCACAACAAACUGCAGCUGGCGGCAGACAUACGAGAAGCGUUUGGUGGUGCAGGCGAUGAAGAUGAAAGUGAUGAACUGAACGCCAAUGGCAAUGCGGACCAUUUCUACAACUACAACG